CUAGUAUUAAUCAAUAUUAUGGGGGAUUAGGAAUCUAACAGAGUUCACAUUAGAAAAAUCUUUUAAUCAUACAUGAAAGCCGGCAGCCACGCCACACGCCAGCAAUUCACCGGCGGCUUCCGCUCCAAGCUUCAGCCAAGCCGGAGAUGGCGGGGAGCCUGCACCUUCCCGUGGUGGACCUCGCGUUGCCGGACCUCCGCGCCGCCGCUGAAUCCAUCCGACAGGCGUGCGUGGAGCACGGGUUCUUCUACGUGACCAACCACGGAGUGGACCGCGGCCUGCUCGAGGCGGUGUUCGCGGAGAGCAAGAGGUUCUUCGACCUGCCUAUGGAGGAUAAGAUGGCGCUGCUCAGGGGCGCAAACCACCGGGGUUACACGCCGCCCUACGCCGAGAAGCUCGACGCCUCUUCCCAGUUCGUAGGAGACCUUAAGGAGAGUUUUUACAUUGGGCCUCUUGAUGAUGGUGAUAUGCAUAACGAUGUAAACCAGUGGCCUUCUGAAGAGCGCUUGCCAUCUUGGAAGGAGACAAUGAAGCUAUACUUUGCAGCUGUUCUGGAUACUGGCACAAGGAUACUCUCUCUAGUUGCUUUGGGUUUGGAUUUGGAUGCUGAUUUCUUUCAUAAAAUUGGUGCAUUGAAAUGCCCGUCAACAUUUCUUCGGUUAUUGCAUUACCCUGGUGAAGUACAUGAGUCUGAUAGUGGAAACUAUGGUGCGUCAGCUCACUCGGACUAUGGUAUGAUAACUCUUUUAGUGACAGAUGGCACUCCUGGCCUGCAGAUAUGCAGGGAGAAGGAUAGGAAUCCCCAACUAUGGGAAGAUGUUCAUCAUAUUGAUGGGGCCCUUAUUAUUAAUAUUGGUGAUUUGCUAGAGAGGUGGACGAAUUGUGCUUUCAGAUCAACUUUGCAUCGUGUUGUUGCAAUCGGUAAAGAGCGGUAUUCGGUGGCUUUCUUUCUUGAUCCAAAUCCUGACACACUGGUGCAGUGUUUGGAAAGUUGUUGCAGUGAAGCAUGUCCACCAAGGUUUUCAUCUCUCAGGUUUCCACCUAUCAAGAGUUGGGACUACAUAGCCGGGCGACUAAAUUCAACUUACAAAUAAUCACCACCACGUUUGUAAUGCUAUGCUCGUUUACAACAGCUUGACACCACAGUAAUGUUUGAACCCAGGAUUAAAGAUAGUUUUCAAGAAAGGCGGAGCUAUGUAUGUGAGCUGGAUCUCCAUGUCUCCCCUCCCCCUAGUGUCUGGAGGAGUGCACUUUCUGGAUCACGCGUCGUCAGGAAGCAAGCAAGCAAGCAUACGCGCAAUUCCCGCUGCGCAAUUCCCGAUCGUACCCUGCUCCAAAUCUUUGUGCAAGUCUCUGCUCCCUUGAAUGCAACUGAUGCCAAUCCCAUCAAUCUCUUUCUUUGAAAGGAGACAUACUGCUUCCUCUAGUUUCAUACCUGCUGAACACGAUCAAUGGUUUGCAUGUACUCUAAGAUAUACAUGACCCGCAUGAUUGCUAUAGUAAAGACUAUUAAAAAUGAAUUUAGCUGACUUCAUUUCCCUGGUCAAAGAAAUUGUUGACAUUUUGAGUCA